AUGCCACGAGUCUUCUUUAUCACGGGCUGCUCCACUGGUCUGGGAAAGUCAUAUGCCCAGGAGGUCAUCGAUCGCGGGGAUUAUGUUGUCGCCACGGCUCGGAGCAUGGAUCAAUUAUUGUCGUUCAAGAACGCAACCGAGAAGAACUUUUUGCCCUUGGUGCUCGAUGUCACGGAUCAAACAUCAAUCUCCAACGGCUUCGCGACGGCCUUGGACAAGUUCGCCCGUAUUGAUGUGGUGGUCAACAACGCCGGUUAUGGCCUGGCAGGCUGCUUCGAGGAGUACGACGAGUCUCAGAUCCGGCGGCAAAUGGAAGUCAACUUCUUCGGCCUUUUGGAUGUGACGCGCGAGGCUCUGGUGGCCAUGCGUACCAAGAAUACUCCGCCUGGCGGCGUGAUCCAGCAGGUCACCAGUAUCGGGGGCCAGCGCGGCGUGGCCGGCUUCAGUCUCUACUGUGCGAGUAAAUUCGCGGUGGAAGGCUUCACCGAGUGCGUCAACAAAGAAAUGAAGCCGGAAUGGAACAUCAAACUCACCUGCCUCGAACCUGGGAGUUUUCGGACUGACUGGACAGGCCGAAGCAUGACAUUCGCCCCCCGUCUGACUGCCUACGACCAUAUCGACACCAAGAAGUCGAUGGACGAGCGCCAUGGCAAGCAGGCGGGAGACCCCGACAAGGGCGCCCGUGUUAUGUACGAGUUGGCCGUGAUGAAAGACCCACCCAUGCGUGUUGCGAUCGGACCCGACUCGUACAAUCUCGUCAUGAAGAAGCUCCAGGAGAACGGAGAGAACUUUAAGAAGUACGAGCACUUGAGUUGCUCAACAGAUUAUGACAACUAA